UUGAAGUGAUGUCAUAUCGUUUAGCGACGCAGCACAUCUCAUGAAUAUUUUACCAUGGAGCUCCGAACGUACUGGGCGGUUGUAUUCACCGUCUUUACAACAUGGGGCGGGCCAUGUAUAGCUGCAGACCUUAUCGACCGUCCCUGUGCGGCCAGGCAGGUGAAGAGUGGGCAGGUGUGUGUCUGUACAGCGGAGUACUGCGACACCAUCACUCGGCAGCCUCCGGAGAGCGGGACAUUUGUGUCCUACGUAUCUUCCGAGGAAGGACUUCGGUUCCAUAAGACGGUCGGAUCUCUGAAACAUUACGCAAAAGGUAGUAGCUACACGAAUGUUCUGGAACUAGAUGUAGGAACACAGUAUCAGGCCGUGAAUGGUUUCGGAGGCGCCGUCACUGAUGCAGCCGGCAUCAACUGGAAGAACUUGACUGAUCAACGACUGAUGGACCAUUUAAUACAGUCCUACUGUGGUGACUCAGGAAUUCAGUACAACAUGCUGCGUGUCCCAAUCGGUGGCACUGACUUCUCUACACGCGCGUACGCGUAUAAUGAACUCCCUGAAAAUGAUGUGACGUUAAGCAACUUUACAUUGGCUUAUGAAGAUUACGAGUAUAAGAUUCCAAUGAUUAAGGCAUGUAUGAAGGCGGCUAGUGCUCCCAUACACAUAUUGUCAGCGACCUGGUCUCCACCGAUUUGGAUGAAGACCAACAAUGCGUACUCAGGGCACAGCCAUCUGCGAAAAGAGUAUCGACAAACGUAUGCUGAUUACCAUUACAAAUUCUUAGAACAUUAUGCAGCGGAGGGUAUACCAGUGUGGGGUAUAUCUAUUGCGAACGAGCCUCUCUACGCUAGCGUCAACUACGUCCCAACAAAAAUCAACAAUAUGGGCUGGACCUUAGAUGCCAUGAGUGAAUACGUAUUGGAGAACUUGGGCCCCACUCUCCGAGGCAAUAACUCCGAUUUCAAACACGUGAAGAUCAUCGCUGGCGAUGACUUGCGCUUCACCAUCACUCUAUUCUGGAACAUUUUUGUAGCCGUCUACCCAGAAACGUUGGAGUAUUUGGACGGUGCAGCUGUGCACUACUACAUGAGCGACUACGUCCCGGCUGCGAUACUGUCGCAGGCUAUGAAAGACUAUCCGGGAAAGUUCGUGGUAGCCACCGAAAUCAGUGCAGGUGCUCUGCCCAGUGACACCAUCACAGUGGACAUAGGAUCAUGGAGCAGAGCACAGCUGUAUGUUAAUGAUAUCAUGCAGAAUUUUGGUAACGAUGUGAUAGGAUGGCUGGAUUGGAACAUGUGUUUGAACACAGAAGGGAAGCCAAGCUACAUAGGGGCCAGUGUGGACUCCCCAAUACUCGUCAAUGCAGAAGACGGAGAAUUCUACAAGCAGCCAAUGUUCUACGCUAUUGGACAUUUCUCCAAGUUUGUUCCACGAGGCUCUAGAAGGAUUAAAGUGAACGUCGACUGUGGGACGAAGAUCCAGAACGUCGCUUUCUUGACGCCUUAUAACACUGUCGUUGUUGUUAUACAUAAUGAAGGUCCAGAAGAAAAUGUCAGAUUGCGGUUAGGAGAUGAAGAGGCAGAGUUAUUGAUUAACGCCAACAGUAUUACGACCGUUGAGAUGUUGAAUAGUGGCCAUCAGAUAAAGCUAUUCUUUCCCGUGUUUCUUUGUUAUAUUUUCUACUUUAUAGUUUUGAUGUAAAGUUGAAAAUCCAAUGGAGACAAUAUUAGAUUGGUUGACCUGCUGGUCACUGAAUUUGUUUGCAGCGAGGGGAGUGCAACACUUGUAACAAGCAACAUGCCGUUCGAUGCGAGCACCGAGUUUCCCCAUACUGAGUGCACGAACGCUCGCUGUGUAACACGUUACAUUACGUAACAUUGGUCCGUAGGAAUCAGUUUUAUGUUAAGAUUGGUAAUUAGUAAUAGACAUUUUGAUUAAAAAUCCACCGUAAAUAAAUUGUAAUUAGAAUUCAAAA